UAUCUUCUCUUCUACAAUACAAUAGGCUUCUCAUUCCACCUGACACCCUCUUUCUUCUUCUUCUUCUUCUCCUCUCCCUUCUACCUCUAGCUCUCAGAUCCAGAGCUGAAUAUCUACCGUUUUAGCCCUCCCAUGGCGUACUCGUUCCCGGAGGAAGUUCUCGAGCACGUCUUCUCGUUCUUGACCUCCGACAAAGACCGAAACGCUGUCUGCUUAGUGUGUAAGUCGUGGUACGAGAUUGAGCGGUGGUGCCGCCGCCGUAUUUUUGUUGGGAACUGCUAUGCUGUCUCGCCGGAGAUCGUGAUCCGGCGGUUCCCGGAAGUUAGGGCGGUGGAGAUUAAGGGGAAGCCGCAUUUCGCGGAUUUCAACCUCGUGCCGGAGGGUUGGGGAGCGUACGUGUACCCCUGGGUCGCUGCGAUGUCGGCGGCUUAUCCGUUGCUCGAGGAGAUUAAGCUCAAGCGCAUGGUGGUGACGGACGAGAGUCUCGAGCUGAUCUCCAAGUCGUUUAAGAAUUUCAAAGUUUUGGUGCUGUCUUCUUGCGAGGGCUUUACGACGGAUGGUCUCGCGUCGAUUGCGGCUAAUUGCAGGAAUCUCAGAGAACUAGAUUUAAGGGAGAGUGAAGUUGAGGACCUUAGUGGGCAUUGGCUUAGCCAUUUUCCCGACAACUACACGUCAUUGGUGUCACUUAAUAUAUCUUGCUUAGGCUCUGAAGUGAGUUUCUCUGCUUUGGAGCGCCUGGUUGCGCGGUCACCUAACCUGAGGACUCUUCGGCUGAACCGUGCUGUACCCCUUGAGAAGCUGCCUAACCUACUUCGCCGUGCCCCCCAGUUGGUUGAAUUAGGGACUGGUGCCUAUUCGGCUGAAAUUCGAUCUGAUACCUAUUCAAACCUGGCUGAAGCAUUCUCAGCCUGUAAGCAACUCAAAGGCUUGUCGGGUUUCUGGGAUGUGGUCCCAUCUUAUCUUCCAGCCAUGUUACAUGUUUGCUCUGGGAUCACUUCGUUGAACUUAAGUUAUGCUACCAUUCAAAGUCCUGAUCUUGUCCAGCUUGUUACCCAGUGUCGAAACUUACAGCGACUAUGGGUUCUGGAUUACAUUGAAGACAGUGGUCUGGAAGCUCUUGCUGCAUCUUGCAAGGACCUGCAGGAAUUGAGGGUGUUCCCUUCAGAUCCUUUUGGAGCAGUACCUAAUGUCUCUUUGACAGAACAAGGGCUUGUCUCUGUCUCAGAGGGCUGCCCCAAACUCCAGUCUGUCCUCUAUUUCUGCCGACAGAUGUCUAAUGCUGCAUUAGUUGCUAUUGCGAGGAAUCGUCCUAAGCUGAUUCGCUUCCGACUCUGUAUUCUUGAGCCUCGAGUUCCUGAUUACCUAACCCUCGAACCACUUGAUACUGGUUUUGGAGCAAUUGUAGAGAACUGCAAGGAAUUGCGGCGCCUUUCGCUGUCUGGCCUCCUCACAGAUCGUGUUUUCAAAUAUAUUGGGACCCAUGCCAAGAAAUUGGAGAUGCUUUCUAUAGCUUUCGCUGGGGAUAGCGACUUGGGCCUCCAUCAUGUGUUGUCUGGUUGUGAAAGCCUUCGGAAACUGGAGAUCAGGGACUGUCCUUUUGGGGACAAGGCUCUCUUGGCCAAUGCUGCAAAGCUGGAGACAAUGCGAUCCCUUUGGAUGUCUUCUUGCUCAGUAAGUUACGGAGCAUGUAAGCUGCUUGGUCAGAAGUUGCCCAGGCUCAAUGUUGAAGUUAUAGAUGAGAGAGGUCCACCUGAUUCAAGGCCCGAAAGCUGCCCCGUUGAGAGACUCUAUGUUUACCGGACUGUUUCUGGACGAAGGGUUGACAUGCCCGGUUUUGUCUGGACUAUGGAUGAAGAUGCAUCCUUGAGAUUUUCUUGAGCCACGCCUCAAUUGAAAUUUGACAUGGUUCUUGCUUAUGAAUGAAGCAGCAGGUACAUGCUCUAAGUGCUAAUCGUACUAUUUAUUUCAGCAGGCUUUGUGUGAUUGCAGUGCCAGUGGAAGUGGGAGCAAGCCCAACUAGGGGUUGAGAAGCUUGGGAGCUCAAUUGCCAUCAAUUUUUCACUUGGCUGAGCUAUUCAACGCAAUCACUCACUAAUAAAAAUGUGAUCUCUUGUUAUAAUGUGUACGGUAGAGAGUAACUUGUUUAGGAAAGUAAUUAUGUAUACUAUGUCCGGACCUGUGCCAGCUUUUGGCGGCUGAUUUAUGUUGUUUAGAAUCAUUCAAUGCUUAUAUCUUUGAGUUGGUUCCAUUA